AAAUAUCAGAAUCCAGAUUUGCUAUUUAAACAAGUCCAAACUUUAUUUGAAGAGUUUAUGAGUGAUAGAGAUAUUGUCAUUGACCCUCUGGUGAUCACAGAUGUCUAUAUUUUAACAAAUGGACAGCAAAAAUUAGAACUUAAAAUAUUAUCACAAGAAAUAAGGGGAUACCAAACAUUUCAUAAGUUGAUUAAUAAACUCAAAGAAUCUUAUUCCAUGAAAGCUAUAAAGUUUCUUCACCAAUACCUUCUUGAUGCUAUAGUAUUCACAAAAGUUCCUGAUCAGCAUGAUCAUUUGAUAGAAUUCUUGGCAGCAGAAGGUGUCUUAACACCUGCUGAUAGUUUCUUGAACAAGGUCAGAUUAUCAUUUCCCUUUGUUGGUAUAUACAUUAAAAUGGAUGUUCUUUCAGAAUUAUUUUCACAUAUAUCUCGAAGUGAGAUUCCUCUUGAUAAAGAUCAGAAACUUGAUAUCCUUAAGAUGCUUCAAGUAAUUGUUACUUUUUUUGAUGUGAAACUCAUUCAUCUGGCACCUUUAUGUUGUUUCAAGAAAGCAACUGUACCUGUUAAUGUUGGUCAGGAUGGAGACUAUGUGCAUCAUUAUGUUGACAUUGUAAUCAAUGGUAAUGAAGAAAAUAUUGUAUUAGAGCUUGUGGUCACAGCUAAUCAAUCAAAUCUAGAAGAACAUUUUAAUCAUGCUUUGUUCUAUGGUGAUAACCUAGUUGCUACUGCAAUUUGA